AUGAUCACUACGAACCCUAAAACUGCUAAAUUCACCCACGGUCACCUGCCCCGCACCCUUUCACUUCAUCCCCACGGCCUAAAUUUCUCCAGACCCUUCUCUUGCGUCUCCUUCAGCAUCCCCCGUCGACCAAUUCCCCAUUUAUCCUACAAACAUAUCAAAGCCUCCAUAUCAAAACCUAGAAACCAGAAUAGACAACCAAAGUUCUUCAAUUUUCCAAUUUUUAACCCAAAAGGGCCAAAAUCCAUUGUUCAGAAUUCACAUUUUUCGUUUUUGGGCCCACUAGAAACGACCCUUAUUUCCACCAUUACUGCUUUCUCUCUCUUGUUUUUCCAGUUUUACUUUACUCACAAACGUGCCAUUGCUGCUCCAGUUUUAUUGCUGCCCACUGUGGAAACUACUACAAAAGAUGCGCCUGCAGAUGAAGAAAGAGAGAAAUUCCUCGAAGAACAAGUGUUUUCGAAUCCAUAUGACAUUAACUCACUCAAGAACUUGUUGGAAAUCAAAUUCAACUGCAGAAAGUUUCCUGAAGCAAUUGGCGUUCUCGACAAGUUAAUAGAGCUCGAGCCAGAGGAAACCAAGUGGCUUUUGAUGAAAGCCCAUUUCUAUAUUUAUCUUGGAGAUAAUGAGUUGGCGAAAUAUGCAUUCAGUGAAUUAUUAAAAAAGGACCCUUUUCACGUGGAGGCAUACUCCAGGUUGUUGAUUGACGCCUCGCAGGAGGAAUCUAGCAAGAAACUGGAAGAAAUUGAGAAGAGCGUCGAGGAGGUAAUGAAUGUGUGUAAGAAGAAGAAUAAGAAGUUUGAGUUGAGGGAAUUCAAGCUGUUGCUAGCGCAAAUUCGGGUUAUGGAGCGUAGAUAUGACGAGGCCUUGAAGGUUUAUCAGGAGUUGGUGAAGGAGGAGCCCAGGGAUUUCAGACCGUAUUUGUGUCAGGGCAUAAUUUAUACAUUAUUAAGGAAAAAUGUUGACGCGGAGAAGAAUUUUGAGAAGUUUAGGAGAUUGGUCCCUAGAGCUCACCUUUAUGCCAGGCACUUUGAGGAUGACUUGAUUGCGGCCAAGAUUUUUGGUCAGAAAAUGGAGAAUGAGAGGGCUGCUGCAAAGGGUUAA